AAGAGAUGUCCAUGACUAAUUAACCAUUAACUUAUUUAGCCUGUAACCACAAGCGCAAGUCUCCCUCUCUCUACUUUCUCUCUAAUUUUUGUUUCAAAAAAUUCUCUCUUCAAGCCUGGCGUCGUCCCUCUCCUGGUGUCGCUCCAACCGAACUGCAGCCACAUUCCUGCAACUUUCUCCCUUCGUCUGCACAACCUCCCUCUUUGGUGUCCUCUCGAGGUAGUGGUGAUUGGCACUCCUUGAUUGAUCGCUAGAAGUAUUCAAUUCCGGCCACCUUCUUUGAUUGCUUUAUCAGUUCAAAUAAUUUAAGCUCCAAGCCAAACUCCAUUUCUUGACCCCGUUUUCAUUUCCAGUUCAUCAUCCAUGGCAGACUCCAAAUCUGAGAGGUGUGCAGUUGUUACAGGAGCUAACAAGGGGAUUGGAUUUGCAGUGUGCAAGCUCUUGGCUUCCAAAGGGAUUGUGGUGGUAUUCACUGCUAGAGACGAGAAGAGAGGACUUGAAGCUAUUGACAAGCUCAAAUUAGAGUGUGGUCUCUCCGAUCAUGUCAUUUUCCACCAGCUUGAUGUCUCUGAUCCUGCCAGUGUUUCGUCUCUUGCCGACUUUGUUAAGCGCAAAUUUGGAAAGCUGGAUAUUCUGGUGAACAAUGCUGGUGUCAGCGGAUCCAUUUUCGAUGCAGAUGCUUUGAGAGUUUCCGGCAUUGGAAAGAAACAAGUCGAUUGGAGUAAUAUUGCGACAGAGACAUAUGAGUUAACUGAAGAGUGCCUAAACAUUAACUAUUAUGGUGCCAAAAGGAUGGUUGACACAUUCAUUGGCCUCCUUCAACCAUCAGACUUGCCCACGAUUGUCAAUGUUUCCUCAUCGGAGGGGAAGCUAGAGCAUUUACCGGAAGGCUGGGCUAAAGAAGUGUUCAGCAAUGCUGAAAACCUCACAGAAGAAAUGGACGAGGUAUUAAAGGAGUUUCUAGAAGAUUUUAAAGGUUCUCUAAAGACCAGAGGCUGGCCGACUCAACUAUCAGCAUAUGCGGUCUCCAAGGUGGCCUUGAACGCGUAUACUAGGAUUAUAGCUGCCAAUUACCCCACGUUUCGUAUAAAUUGCGUCUGCCCUGGGUUUGUCAAGACGGACAUAAAUUGCAACAGCGGCUUCUUGACUCCUGAGGAAGGUGCAGAGGGUCCCGUGAGUCUGGCCUUGUUGCCGAAGGGCGGUCCAUCUGGUCGAUUCUUUCAGGGGACAAAAGAGGUUGCAUUCUGAUCGAACAUGCUCCAUUUUCAAUUGAGGGAAUCUAGAAAUUUGAAAUCUAUUGUCUGUGUGUGAGAUUUAAACAUUGGAAUAGCUGAUGAAAGAUUCUGAUACAUUGGUGUAUACCUGCACAGCUCUUGUUUGGUGUGAGCUAUAUGAUUUGAUAUCUGCAAUAA